AUGUACACCGCCCGCUCCUCCCCCCGCCUAACCUACCGCGCCGUCGAGUCCAGCGACGAAGCCUUCCUCUGGUCCCUCACGACAAACCACGAAGACUGGCGAAACUUCAACCCCGUCAUGGACCGGCCGCCAACCAAAACCUACAUCUCCGACUGGCUCAAAAAGAUGAUGACGGGCUCCAUGCUCGCAGCCAUAGUCUCCCUGCCCAAAGACCCCAGCAACCCCAACAGUGCAGAAGACACCCCCAUCGGCAUCGUCAACAUGGUCGGCCCGCUCCCCGGCCUGGAAUCCCACCACUGCAGCCUCUUCGGCCUGAUCCUCUUGCCGGGAUUCCAAUGCAAAGGCUACGGCACCGAGGCGUUCAACUGGGCGGUGUGGUGGCAAUUCGAGUGCGCGAAUAUGCAUCGGUUGGAGUUGUUUGUGGCGGAGGGGAAUGAGCGGGCGAUUCAUGUUUAUAAGAAGGCGGGGUUUUCUGUGGAGGGGUGUCGAAGGGAGGCGAAGUUUUUUGAGGGGAGGUAUUGGGAUAUCUUUUUGAUGGGGUUGUUGGUGGGGAGUGGAGAGGCAGGGAAAGGGGGGAGAAGGGGGCUGUGA